ACAGUACAUUUUGUAAAUUGUCGAAAUCAAAAGCAGACUAGAGAAUGAAAAGUUUAUUCAUUUUGGUUUUAUUGUGCGGCGUAAUAAAUUUAAUUAACGCCCAAUGUACUGCGUCGCUGACAACAGUUGCUGGAACGGAAGCGCCACAAAAGACAAGUUUUUGUUCUGGUGAAUUGAUUUUUGAAGAUAAUUUUGAUUUCUUGGAUCACUCAAAGUGGAAGCAUGAGAAUACUGUGGCAGGUGGUGGAAAUUGGGAGUUUCAAUGGUACAUCAAUGACCGUUUAAAUUCCUACACUUUUGGUGGCGUUCUUCACUUUAGACCGACAUUUACUUCGGAUAUUUUCGGUGAAAAGUUUUUAUCGACUGGUCGUAUAGUUAUUGAUGAAGAAAAGUGCACUCAACCUGAUUGGAAUGGAUGUGAUAGACAAGGAACACCUGAAAAUAUACUUAACCCAAUUAGAAGUGCACGCGUCAGCACAUGGGACUCCUUUAGAUUCAGGUUUGGAACUCUUGAAAUCCGAGCUAAAAUGCCAGCUGGAGACUGGCUUUGGCCAGCUUUGUGGAUGAUGCCAAGGUUCGAAACUUAUGGAGGUUGGCCAAGAUCUGGUGAAAUUGAUUUAGUGGAAAUGCGAGGUAACAGAGAACUCUAUGAUGGAUCUUUGAACGUUGGAGUUAAUCACGUUGGUUCGACAUUGCACUUUGGACCUGAUUGGAUUGCUAAUGGUUGGCCCACAGCUACUCAGUCUCUAUCUCGUGAUCCUGGUUUCGAUCAAGACUUUCAUGUUUACAGAGUCGAAUGGACUCCAACUUCUAUACGAUUCUUGUAUGACAAUAUGAUUGCCGGCACUGUCGAAGCAGGGCAAGGUUUCUGGGUACGUGGAGGUUGGCAAUCAUCAAUAUGGGAGAAUCCUUGGGCAGAUGGAACAAUCAUGGCUCCAUUUGAUCAACAAUUUUACAUCAUCAUGAAUUUAGCUGUCGGUGGAGUAAAUUUCUUUGCCGAUGGUUUUGAAAAUCGCAACAGCCCCAAACCAUGGAGAAAUGACUCACCAACUGCUCCAAGAGACUUUUGGAAUGCCCGUUCUGAAUGGGAGCCAACGUGGAACAGAACCAGUGAAGACAGCCACAUGCAAGUUGAUUAUGUUCGUGUAUGGGCUUUAAUUACAAUGAGGAAAUUAAUUCUUGCUGUUUCGCUAUUUGCGGCAGUUGGCUUAGCAAGUGCGUGUACACCAACAGUGACCACCGCUUCUGGAACUAACGCUCCAUCAAAUUUCUGUUCGGGUGAUUUGAUUUUUGAAGACAAUUUCAACACUUUGGAUCAACAAAAAUGGCGACAUGAAAAUACUUUAGCUGGUGGUGGUAACUGGGAAUUCCAAUGGUACGUCAACGAUCGUUUCAAUUCGUACACUUUUGGUGGCGUUCUUCACUUUAGACCGACAUACACUUCAGAUGUUUUCGGAGAAGCUUUCUUAACUUCUGGCCGUGUGUUAAUUCCAGCAGAUGAGUGCACAGAGUCACAAUGGUACGGCUGCGACAGACAAGGAACAGCAACCAACAUAAUUAACCCAAUUAGAAGCGCACGUAUCACAACAUGGGACUCCUUUAGAUUCAGGUUUGGAACUCUUGAAAUCCGAGCUAAAAUGCCAGCUGGAGAUUGGCUUUGGCCAGCUUUAUGGUUGAUGCCAAGAUUCAGUCUUUAUGGAACUUGGCCAAGAUCUGGAGAAAUUGAUUUGAUGGAAGGUCGCGGAAACCGUCAACUAUUUAACGGCAACACAAAUGUUGGAGUUGAACAAGCAGGUUCGACAAUGCACUUUGGACCAGAUUGGACAUUGAACGGUUGGCCAACUGCGCAUUAUACACAAAAUCGCUCACCAGGUUUUGAUGCAAACUUCCAUGUCUACAAACUUAUUUGGACUCAAUCUUCUAUACAAUUCUUGUAUGAUAAUCAAGUCGUUGGAACUGUUGAAGCAGGGCAAGGUUUCUGGGCACGUGGAGGUUGGCAAGGAUCAGGAUGGGCCAAUCCAUGGACAAGUGGAACGGUAAUGGCUCCAUUUGAUCAAGAAUUUUACAUCAUCAUGAAUUUAGCUAUUGGUGGAACCAACUUCUUUUCCGAUGGUUUUGACAAUCGCAACAGCCCCAAACCAUGGAACAAUAAUUCACCAACUGCUCCAAGAGACUUCUGGAACGGCCGUGCUGGUUGGGAGCCAACAUGGAACAGAAACACUGACGACAGUCAUUUGCAAGUUGAUUACGUUCGUGUAUGGGCUUUGUAAGCUGUCACAUUCAAUUAUCAAAAAAUAUUUUGCAAUAUCUGCUUGAUCAAUAAUUAUUGUGGAUAAUUAAUCGACAAAUAAAACUUUGAAAAUGUUUAUCAACAAACAAAUUUUAUUUAGAUGAUACAAGAAAGA